UGUUUAUACGUUAGUAUUAUCGACAGUACACGCUUAUAUAUUUAAAAAUUUGCUCAUUGAUAUAAUUAAAUUCAAUGAAUUUAAAGUCUGAUUAUACCUCGUUUGUAACAAGUACAAUGAAUAAUUUACUUUAACGGAAAACGUAAGAUCUUAUGAAGUUGUUUUAAUUGAGUUAAAAAAAAAGACAAGCGGAGGCGUUGUAUGUACCGCCAUUCACUGAUACGCACCGACGCGCUAAUGUUCAUUGCUCGAUAUGUACAGCAACGAUGAGGAUAUAGAAACGCCGUAGAGAGAAAAAACACCUGUUGCACAUUUUCGUCAGAAUAAUGACCCAUCUACUAAAAAAUGUGACGAACAGUAUUUGGCACGCGUUUCACGCGUUGCAAGGUGAUACACCUGAUCUUGUUGCUAAAUCGAAGUUAAAGGUGUUAACGGCCAACAUCGGUACGUUAAUGGACUUAUAUGGUGUUGAAAAAGGUCUAGAACAUUACCGUAGUACUCAGAAUCUUUCAUUUGAUCAAUAUAUUUUUUACUUGCAAAAAGAGGUUUUCUCAUCAAUUACCGAUGCAACUUCUAUACAAAUACAUAGAUCGUUGGAAAAAGGGAUAGAUGAAAUAUGCUGGUUGAUCUGUAAAAAAAUGUAUUUAGAAAGGUCGCAUCCAAUAUUUGAACCUAAUAGCGUUUAUCAAUUAUUUAGAGUAUUUUGUUUAUUAGCUGAAUCAGAAUCAGAUAAUAUGGAUUAUCAUAUGAUUGCAAUGCAUACUGAUGAAGUAGCUCAAGUUGCUUCUCAUUUGGUAACAUCAUUAGGAUUGCAAUGGGAUGCAGCAGAUUUUGCAGCUUUAUCAGCAGCUAUUGGAACUUUUAGGUUUCCCACGUUUCUGGCAGUUUUGGAAUCCAAAUAUAGUGGUGGUAGAACUUUGGAUAACAUAGCAUUGACCGAAGCUAUAGAUGAUCUCCAUCAAAUAUAUAUAGAAAAUGUGGUGAAAAAAGGAUAUUUAAUGAAAAAAGGUUUCUUACUUCCAACUUUGAAGUAUUUUUGGUUUGUUCUUCGUCCUGGUGAACUAUUAUAUUUUAAAGAUUCUCAACAAAAAGAACCAUCAGGUUCAAUAAUAUUGAGUACAAAUUGUUGGGCCGAUGCGAUUACUAGUGGUGGAAAGCCUGACAGAAGAUUUGUAUUAAGUACGCCUGAACAUAGAUGCAUAGAAUUAGUGGCAGAUGAUCACAAAGGACGAUUACAAUGGUUGGCAGCUUUGCAAAUUGCUAUUCAGCAUUCAGGUGAAAAAAUUGGUUAUCAAAGAACUUUAGCAAAUCAAAGGAGAUCUUUAAGACAAUCAGUAAAACAAGAAAAAGAGAAAACAAGACUGGAGUUGCAAUAUGAAAGGCAAGCUAGAAUCGCGGCAGAAAUUCAAGCUAGAAAACUCGAGGCAUUGUCAAAAGAGGAAGGAGCUAAGGUUCACGAAUUGGAAGAAGCUAAAUUAAAAUUAGAAACUCUUUUGCAAGAAGAAAAGCAAGCGUUGAGAGAUGAAGAAAUAGUUCGAAAUCUUCAAGCAAGGGUUCUUAGAGAAGAAUGGGAAAGAAGAGAGCAAUUAGAAAAAUUACAACAGGAGCAACAAGAUCUAUUAGAGAUGGAAAAAAUGAAAAGGUUAGAAUUUGAGCGUAAACAGCAAGAGAAUGAACAUCAAUUGCGAGCAUUAAUUUACAGAUGCAGAAAUGCGAUUACAAAUGUUGGAAGCCGAAAAGCAAAGUUUAGAUGCCGAGCUUCGCGCAGCACAACAAAAGGUAAAGCGUGCAGAAGAAGCACAGAUUUUAUUGGAAGCGCAAAUAGUUGUAACACGUCCUUUAAAAAGUGGUGAAAGAAUUAGACGUACGCAAAGUUUUAUACCCACUACAAAGGAGAAACCAUUGUCUGUGGAAAAAUUUGAUCAUAGAUCAAUGACAUUGCAAAAUAAUUGUUGAUGAUACAUGUUAUAUACUGAAUAAGGAAGAGUAAGAGCUGUUACUAUUUCUAUAAUCAUCCAUAUUGAAUUGAAAUUCUUUUAUCGCGAAAGUAUAAUUAUGAAAAAUAUUGAGAUUAUACUUUGAUGUAUCUUUUAUCAGGGUAUUAACACUAUAGUUCCUUAUUCCAAACAACUUGCCACGUUAUAAAAUUUAGCCAAAGUGCAUAAGAACCUGUUUUAUAUAUGAUGAUUUAAUAUAUACAAUGAAACUAUAGUAUGAAAGAAUCACAAAUUAAGAUUUAAAUUACGAUUUUUCUUGUAUAUAAUAUAUGAAUUUUUUAAUAAUGUUUUAGCGCUAUUAGCAUAAAUAAGUUACAAUAAGUAUUAAUUAUGAUGAAAAAGAAUAUUUAACGUAAUAUUGUUAUUUAACUUAAACUUACACAUAAAAAUUGCGAUAUUUUUUUUAAGAUGUAUGUCAAUAUUUUUAUAGCUAUUUAUAUGGUUACAAUAAUUUAUAUUCUUCCAACUUUAUAUAUAUAUAUAUACAUAUAUAUAUAUAUUUAUAUAUAUACAUAUAUGUGUGUGUGAACGCAAUUAGUGACAACAGAAUUGAUCAAACAAGAUCUGUUAUAUUAUUGCGUGCGAUACAGUAGUACAAGUUACGUAUUGCGUAUUUAUCAGUACUAAAACAUAUCGUGCAAAUCAUUUUUUAUAUAAGUUUUUAAAUUUAACUUAUAUUUAUAAAACAAUAUAUUAUAUAUUAUAACAAG